AUGUCUGUUUACAGAAAUGGUGUGGCCAAGAGCAUUCAAAACAAAGGUCUCUUUCAAACUGCAAAGGAAGCCAUGUAUAUUGGUCAGCCCAAAACCGGCACUUUAGUUGGAACCGACAAGUUUGGCAACAAAUACUAUGAAAACCCCGAAGACAUGCAGGGUCGUAAUCGUUGGGUCUUUUAUAAAAGACCAGAUUUUGAUGCAACGCAAGCUCCACCCGAAUGGCAUCAAUGGCUUCACCGCAUCUCAGAUGAUAUUCCAACUGAAAAAACACUUCCCAAACCCUUUUAUGCUCAAGAAAGUCGUGAAAACAUGACGGGCACUCGUGGUGCAUUUAAAACCUACAACACAACAGUUUCCAAGAUUACCGCGUGGGAACCCAAGGUGUCUCGCUAGAUUCAGGCUACUCAUCAAUCAAAAAGAAACAGAUACUGAUAGACAGUGAUCAAACGUAAUUGCGUGAAGUUGGACAUGAGCACCCAUAAGCGGUGAAGCGGCAGUACCGAAAAACACACCAUGAACAGAAACAUCCUCACCCAGCUCGAUUGCAUCAUACAAUCCCAAGGAGCUUACAGCAUAGGCGAGAUGAAUAUCAGACUGCUUUUUUUUGGCUUCGACUAUAGUCUGCCUUGGUUUUUUGUCAAGAAACAAAGAGCUAAGGAAUUGUGCUUUACCAUAUGCACGCUGUUUGAUUGUCCGUCCAAUAUCUGCCAGUGUGUCAAAAUCAGAUUGGUGGAUACGAUGCGGGAUCAAUACGCCCAAA